AUGCCGGCCUCCACCAAGGCUCGCGCCGGGUCGGUGGCCGUCGUCGGCUCGGGCGUCUCCGGCCUCAGCGCGGCCUACCUGAUGCAUCGAAACGGCAAAAACGUCACGCUAUUCGAGUCCGGUGACGUGUGCGGAGGUCACGCGCUGACUGUGAACUCCACCGCCGGGCCCGUCGACCUCGGCUUUCAGGUGUUCAACCUCACGACCUAUCCGCACCUCGUCGGCCUCUUCAGCGAGCUCGGCGUGGAAUCGGAGCGCUCCGACAUGUCCUUCGCGCUGUCCACCGACGACGUCGAGUGGGGAUCGCUCGGCCUCAAGGCUGUGUUCGCGCAGAAGAAGAACCUCGUCUCGCCCAGUUUCCUCAACAUGAUCAGGGAGAUUCUCAAGUUUGGCAAGCGCGCGCCCGAGGUGCUCGAUCCGUCAAAGUCCGCCAAGUACGAGUCCAUGACCCUCGGCGAGUACCUCACGACGAACGGCUACUCCAAAUUCUUCGUCGACAACUACGUCGUCCCCAUGUGCGCGGCCAUCUGGUCGUGCUCCGACCGGGACACGAUGGCGUUUCCGGUGACGACGCUCAUCAGGUUCUGGGUCAAUCACCACUUGCUGAACGUCAUCGAGCGACCGCUGUGGAGGGUGGUCAAGGGUCGGUCCAAGGCGUACGUGGACGCGGUGUGCGCCGCGCUCCCGGACGUUCGCACGUCAACCCCGGUCAUCGCCGUGGAGCGCGUGCCGGGCGGCGUCAAGGUGACCCAUAAGGGACCCGGGGGCAACAAACCGACGUCGGAGCUGUUCGAAGACGUCGUCUUCGCCUGCCACUCCGACCAGGCCCUCGCCAUCCUCGGCGACGCCGCGUCCUCCGCGGAGAAGGCCGCGCUGGGUGCCAUCAAAUACCAGCCAAACGAGGUGUACCUUCACGGCGACGAGUCGUUGAUGCCCCGGAACCGAGACGCUUGGGCGAGUUGGAACUGCCUCAAGGGCUCGCGAGGGUGCGACUCUGAUGACAAGUCCGUGUGCGUGUCGUACUGGGUGAACCUACUCCAGAACCUGCCGCAGGGUACCCCCGACUUGUUCGUCACGCUCAACCCUCCGACGCCCCCGUCCAAGGAGUCGACGCAGUAUCACGUCACCCUGGCGCACCCCCUGUUCAACAAGGAGGCGAUUGACGCGCAAAAGACGAUUGAGGGGUUGCAGGGCUCGGGCGGGGUCUGGUUCUGCGGCGCGUGGUGCGGGUACGGUUUCCACGAGGACGGGAUCCGAUCCGCCGUGCACGUGGCGGAUAAGAUGUUCGGCAAGAGCUCCGUGCCCUGGGACCCCCGACCGUGCGACCCCCACCUUGACUGGACGACCAAGGCGGCGCUUCCCCUCUUUCGACGCGUCGGCGGGUCGUGGGUGCCCCCCGGCCGCUGCUUUAAGAUGAUCCUACCCAACGGCGACGAGCUGUCCAUGCGAGGCAGGCCCUUGCCCCCCGGGCAAACUCUGGGCGAGUCCGUCGACGGCAAGCCGCUUUCGGAGACGGUGACGGUGCAGGUGUUCGACCAGAGGAUGUUCAUGCAGACGGUGCUGCGCGCGGAUAUCGGUUUCGGCGAAUCCUACAUGAAUGGCGAUUUCGAUUGCGAGCUCUACGAGCUGCUGGACAUGCUCUGCUCCGGGCAUCCCGCGAACACGGGUGCGAGCAAGGGAGCGGACACCGGCGUUCCAUCCCUCGGAAACGACAUCGUGGGAAUGGCCGGAAGCGUGUUGCACUGGCUGGGAGCGAAGAUGGAAUUCGCCGCGCACGCGGCUCUCAGCAACACGAAGGAGGGAAGCAAGAAGAACAUCGAGUACCACUACGACGCGGGUAACGCGUUCUACAAGCUCUUCUUGGACGAAACGAUGCUCUACUCCUCGGGUAUCCACCAGCCUCUCGACACUCGGGAGAAACACCUGGAGUCGGCGCAGUACGCCAAGAUUGACGCGAUGAUCGACAGACUCGGGCUCGACGGCGACGGCUCCGGACAGUCCGUCCUCGAGAUUGGUUGCGGCUGGGGCACCUGCGCGAUCCGCAUGGCGACGCGCUACCCCGGCUUGAGGGUCACGGGGCUGACGAUCAGCAACGAACAGUUCGCGGAAGCGAGGGCGAGAGUUAAGGCUGCGGGCAUGCAAGACAGAGUGGACAUAGUCAUGCGAGACUACCGCGACGAGAAUGGCGUCUACGACGGCGUCAUAUCCAUCGAGAUGCUCGAGGCUGUCGGACACGAACAUCUCCCAGGGUACUUCCAGACGGUGUCGGGUGCGCUCAAACCCGGGGGCAAGGCUGCCAUCCAGGUCAUCACCAUGCCUGACGAACGCUACGAGAGCUACUGCAAGAGUGAGAGCGACUUCAUCCGCGCGUACAUUUUCCCAGGUGGGCACUUGCCGUCUGUGGGAGCCAUGACCGGCGCGGCGAACCCCGUGGGGCUGAAGCUGCAGAGCUACGACGAUAUCGGCGAGCACUACGCGGUGACGCUUCGCCUGUGGCGCGAGCGCAUGAUGCACAGGGCCGAGACGGUCCUCGGACUCGGGUACAGUCGCAAGUUUUUGCGCAUGUUCGAGUUCUAUUUCGCCUACUGCGAGGCGGGUUUCGCGCAUCGCCUCAUCCACGACCUUCAGAUGA